AUGUCUGAAAGGCCACAGAUCCAGAUAGAGGACAGCAUGACAGAGCAUGCCUAUUGUGCAACACACCAGGAGCCACACGAGCUGUUCUGUGACGAUGACCACAUCCCACUGUGCAGCGAGUGCGCCCUGUCCCGGCAGCACGAGCAUCACACAGUGCUCUGUGUGCUGGUGGCUGCUGAGAAGUACAGGAAUUUAUUCCAAGAAAUAUUGAAACCAUUAAGGGAGAAAGUUGAAGUUGCUAAAAGUAUAUUGGCCGAUGGGCAAGAAAGAAUGAUGAUGAUUCAGGAAGAAGAGCAGAAUUUUAAAGAGGUAAUUGAGUCUGAAUUUAGGAUGAGGUUCCGGCUGUUGAGAGAAGAGAAUGAGAUGAACCUUCUGAGACUCCAAGGAUGUAAAUUUGACUUAAACUUGAGAAAAACUAAUCAAGAUCAACUGAUGAGAUUUGCCACAGAGCUAGAGGAAGAGUCCCAGGAAAUUCUACAGAGACUGGACUCCUUGGGGCGAGAGAACAUGAGAAACCUGAAGGAGAGUGAAGCCAAGGUUUCAGAACAGCUCUGCAGCCUGCAAGAGCUCACGACAGAGCUGGAGGAGAAGUGUGGGCAUCCUGCCACAGCCUUGCUCCAGAAUACCAGAUACUAUUUGGAAAGAAGUGAGUCACUACUUCUUCAGUCCCUUGUGCCAGCUAGUACCAUAGACCCGAGUUCAUGUCAAAUGAAAAGAAUGAGCAAAGUGCUAACACUGCACCAAAGACAUAUAACUUUGGAUCCUGAAAUGGCUCAUCCUUGCCUGGCCUUUUCUGAAGACUUGAGAACUGUGAGAUUUAGAAAUAUCCAGAACAAUGUGCCUGGAAACCCAGGGAGUUUCGACUUCAGUGCUUCUGUGUUGGGUGCAGAAAGCUUCUGCUCAGGAAAGCACUACUGGGAGGUAGCUGUGGACAAGGCAGCACAGUGGCAGCUGGGCGUGUGCAGAGACCCCACAGACAAGCAGGACAGUGUGCUUCAAGCAUCUCCAGAUAAAUUCUUACUCGUGGGAUCUGUGAUGGGGACUGAUUACACCUUCUGGGUCUUUCCUCCUUUAAAAAAGGUCUGCUUGCAAAAGGAAAUGCAAAAAGUUGGAGUUUUCUUGGACUAUGAGUUUGGUCACAUAUCAUUCUACAAUGUCACAGAGAGAUCCCUCAUUUAUAAUUUCUCUCAUCUCAGCUUCCAAGGAGCUCUUAGACCUCUAUUUUCUCUUGGUAUUCCAAGUGGAGACAUGAAUUCAGACUCUCUGACUAUCUGUGCCCCUUGUGUUCCUUCCUAA